CUGAGAGAGAGACAGACAGACAGACAGAGGGAGAGCGAGAGCUGCAAGCUCCCCGCCCCGAGACCCCUGGGCCAGCCCACGGAAGGCUCCGCAGCAUGUGGGAACUCCGGUCCAUAGCCUUCUCCAGGGCAGUGCUUGCAGAGUUCCUGGCCACACUCCUCUUCGUCUUCUUUGGCCUCGGCUCAGCCCUCAACUGGCCACAGGCCUUGCCCUCUGUGCUGCAGAUCGCCAUGGCCUUCGGCCUGGCUAUCGGCACCCUGGUGCAGGCUCUGGGCCACGUCAGCGGGGCCCACAUCAACCCCGCCGUGACUGUGGCCUGCCUGGUGGGCUGCCACGUCUCCUUUCUCCGUGCUGUCUUCUACGUGGCCGCCCAGCUGCUGGGGGCUGUGGCCGGGGCCGCCCUGCUCCAUGAGAUCACACCACCAGCUAUCCGAGGGGACCUGGCUGUCAAUGCCCUCAACAACAACUCGACAGCUGGCCAGGCCGUUACUGUGGAGCUUUUCCUGACACUGCAGCUCGUGCUCUGCAUCUUCGCCUCCACUGAUGAGCGCCGUGGAGACAACGUGGGCACUCCUGCCCUCUCCAUCGGGUUCUCUGUGGCCCUGGGCCACCUCCUUGGGAUCCACUACACCGGCUGCUCCAUGAACCCGGCUCGCUCCCUGGCUCCAGCGAUCGUCACUGGCAAGUUUGAUGACCACUGGGUCUUCUGGAUCGGACCCUUGGUGGGCGCCAUCGUGGCCUCGCUCCUCUACAACUACGUGCUGUUCCCGCCCGCCAAGAGCCUGUCGGAGCGCCUAGCGGUGCUGAAGGGGCUGGAGCCAGACACCGACUGGGAGGAGCGCGAAGUGCGGCGGCGGCAGUCAGUGGAGCUGCACUCCCCGCAGAGCCUCCCGCGCGGCAGCAAGGCCUGAGCGCCGGGACGGGCUGGGGGAGCUCGCCCGCCCGCCCGCCACCCCGCCGGAGCCCCUCUCCCCAGGCUCGAAGCCGGCCCCCAGGGCACAGUAGCUGCUUCCAAGACACGCCGAGCGGCCAGGGCCCCGGGCACCGCGGUGAGCCUGGCAGAUUCCCCUGGCCUGAGGCUGCGCGGGCCAGCAAGUAGUGGACCCUGCGUCUCCUGGCAGGGAGCUGGGGAGGGAGGGCGGAGCUAGAAGCCUCCUCCGAGAGCCUGCGCAAGUGUACUGGGGGGCUGGGGGACGGGAGCCGGAAAUGGUGCCCCAUGUGUUUUUGCGUGUUCGUCCUCCAGUGCCUCUCUGUCCCCAAGUGCAGGGCUGUGCACACUCCUGAGUGUAAGCAGGUGUGCCUGCGCUGGCGCAAGUGUGCCCUGGCUGAUCAACUCUCACUGCCUUCUUGACCCCUUCCGCCCUACCUGCGAUAAGUCCGCGUCGUCUGCAGUGGAGGCGUCCUGUCCCCAGGAGCGCUAAGCUCUCUCCCCAGAAGGGAAGAGUGGGGUGUGGAGGCCACCCAGAGAGGGCUAGAGGGAGGCACUGAUUUCUACUCCCGACUCUGCCCCUUCAGGCAAGUUUUCCCAAGCUGCAGCACUGGGGUCCUAAGAUUUGCCAGGAACCCUCGCUAAAGGUAGCGAGGUUUCAACCAGAAGACAGCUCCCCGAGCAUUGGCCUGGGAUGGGAGCGGGGAGAGGGAAGUUGGGGGCCAGGAAUCUCCCUCCUGCCCUAAGAGAGGACCUCGCCCCAGGAAGAAGAAGCAGGCAUGUGUGUGUGUGCGCGCGCGUCUCCAGCAGGUGUACCACCGAGCCCAUCUGGGGUGGGGGCGAGUGGGCUGCAGACUGAGAGAUCAGCCCUCCCACUGUGGCAGGGAGAACAAAAGGGUUUAAUGGGCCCCUGGCCUUUGUCUUGGGAGGGGGAAGAUUUGCAACUAGACACUUCUUGAAAGGGGACACUCGGUUUCGCAAGUGAGCCCUCUCACCCAGCACACACCUAUGGCCGGCUGGGCAAGGCACUCAGGCACGUAACCACAGGCACCAGGCAACAUGCCCCCAUCGCCCAUCCCACUUCCGGCCCCUUCCCAGGAAGGAGCUCUUCUUCCCCUCUCUCCCUUCCACCUCCCCAGCCCUACUGCCCCCUCCCUUCUGGCUCCCCCCAUAGGACCUUAUUGUGGAGAGAGCAGCCUAACACUCUCUAGGCCAAACAAGGGGAAAUGACUUGUCCAGGCAGAGACAGGUCUAUGUCUAGAGCCGGGCCUUCUAAAUUUCCAGGCCAGUGCGAUGUUUCUCAAACGAGAUUAACUAGGAUUAAGUGAGAUCAUGCAUGUAAAGAUGCUGUGUGAACUAUAAUUCCUCAUACCAUUAUCACGCAUUAGUGGGAUCAUUUCGCUAUUUCUGUUCCUGGGGGUGGGGUGGGGGGAAGAAUACAAAAGGGGCAUGACCUUUGGCCUCCUGUACCUGCUUUAAUUGUUGGUUAAAGCAAAGGCAGGCCCUGGUGCCCCAAGGUACCAGCAGGAGAUGGGUGUGGGGCUAGCCGCAUCCUGAUUCUGCCUCUUCACCUCUCCCAACCCUGAGCCUCCACACUGACUGUUCUCCCCUCCUCCCACCACCCAUGCCAGCCGUUCUCCCCUCCCUCUCCAGCCUGUUGCAUAGCUGACCUAAGGACCACACCAUGAGCCCCCUUCUCCAUGCUCUGAUGCCUUCAUGCUUUCAAGGCUUUUCUCUGUGUCUGUCCCACACUGCACAAGCAUCACUGUGCACCAGAGCUUCCAGCCCAUUCGGGCCCUCCACCCUCUUCAGAGACAGACUGGAUAAGGAACACAUAUCUGUAAUUAUGCCCACUGCCUCCUCUAAGCUCUUUUCUGUCUUCCUUGACCAAACCUUCCUUCAGGUUAGAAAAAGCCUGCCCUUGGUCAUAGAUGAUAUGGAGAUGAUUCUCCCAAUCCUUGACAGCUGAUGACAGUCACUGGCCUCAUUCCUGGAGGAGGGGUCAAGUCAGAGUCCAAAGUGACCCCCAGGGCUGUACUUCUGGCAGCUGAGUGUCCUUGCACUGGAAUUUCAAAGGCAGGAAGGUACUGAGCUGUGAGCCAAGCCUGGAUGUGUCUUGGAUAUUUCAUCCCCUCCUCACUUCUCCCCAGCAGAUCCUUCUGUGCUAUGUUCCAUCACUCAAUAGUUUCUGGCUCUUUGCACCUCCUGGACUCUGACCCACCAGGCCCCUCUGUCCAUGGGAUUUUUCAAGCAAGAAUACUGGAGUGGGUUGCCAUUUCCUUCUCCACAGAUCCCUCUAGAAGUUGCCAAAAAUUUCUCCUUACAGCUGUUCCUCUUCCAAGAUGACACUGUCCCCUGAACUAAAUGUGAGAUCCCUACUGCUUCCAGCCCCGAUCUCCCAGAUUCGGAUCACUGAGGUCAGAAGUCAAAGCAGAAAUCAAGUGAUGGGAUGGAGGGGAACUACGCCUGUUGAGCACUUUUGUGUCCCAGUUUCUGUGCUGGGUGCUUUACAUGCAUUAGCUCAUCUAAUCCUCCUGAAACUUCAGGGAGGUUAGGGAAGGCCGGCAGCCGACAGCCAUGUUGUGUUUUACUUUUUCCAAAGCAUUUCCUUAUCAUCUCCUGCAAUUAUUUCCCAACCCUGCAAGACAGGCUGAGCAAAUAUUGUCCUUCCCAUUUCAGGCCGAGGCUGAACAACUGGACUAAAGUCACACAGCUGUAUAUGGUAGAGCUAAGACGUGAACUCAAGCCUUCUUAUGCAAAAUGCCAUGAGCUUUCCACUCAGAUGUUAGAACAGAUCAGGCCUGUGUUGAGGCCACUUCUAGGGCCCUCCUGGGAGCCCUUGGCAGAAAUCAGAGCUACUGGCCUGCCAGUAUGUGGGUGGGGGGUAGGCUGGGGCCAGGUGGGGAGACAAUGACGAAGAACACAGGCUGGUUUCUGCCCUCAAAGGGCACCCAGUCUGGAGGAGGGUGGAGGUCACAUGCCAAACCAGACAGAGGCAGGGCAGCAUAGAGGCAGAUGGACAGAACUCCAGGUCCCCAAGCUGGAGAACGAGGAGAUUCUGAGCUGAGGGGAGGAAGGGCUGGCCACUGGGCCUCGGCUGCCUCCACCUCUUCACUCCCACUUUGCGCCAGAUGGCUUUGCCCCUGCGUGGGUUGCUUCAAUACUCUUUUGGGUCUUUAAGCUGCGAUUCUGUAUCUGGGCAGUGCCUCCCAGCUGGACUAUGAGCUCUGUGGGGGCAGGGCUCCUUUUGGUUCUCAGAUGGCACCCUCCUCUCUAUCUUCCCUCAUCUGCCCCGUGUAGCACAGUGCCCUGCACAUAGUAAACACUCAAUAAAUGCUCACUUGUCAAUAAAUGCUGUUUCUGUCACAA